AUGAGUUCAGUUGAUUCCUUCAAUUCUUCGGAACCUGAUUUACUCUGCACUGUUGAACCGAUAAUGCGGAUUUCUACAUCAUAUUUUGAAAUAUUUUUCGGCAUUUUUUAUAGCCAGCAGCUAAUCACAGUCUCCACAGAGUUUGUGCCUCCAAAUAUUGUUGUGAUUAUGGCAGAUGAUAUGGGUUUUGAUGACGUCAGUUUUCGUGGCAACAAUGAAUUCCUAACACCCAACAUUGAUGCCUUGGCCUAUCAUGGAAAAGUGUUAAAUCAUCUGUAUGCGGCACCAAUGUGUACACCAACGAGAGCAAGUUUUCUUAGUGGAAGAUAUCCCAUACAUACAGGUUCGCAACAUAAUGUUAUGUUCAAUGAGGAACCCUGGGAUAUGUUGGAAAAUCAAAUGACUUUGGCAGAGAUUUUACAAAAUAAUGGAUAUUCCACAAACUUGGUGGGUAAAUGGCAUUUGGGCAUGGGGAGUCGAGAGUAUACACCAACCUUUAAGGGAUUCGAUUAUCAUUAUGGCUAUUGGGGCCCUUAUAUUGACUACUAUGAGAAGAGAGUUAGGCAACCGUCAAAUUUUAGCAUGGGCUAUGAUUUUCGCAAAAAUUUAGAACUUGAGUGCACACCUCCCAACACGUAUGUUACGGAUCUAUUGACUGAUGAGGCAGAACGCAUCAUUUUACAAAGAAACAAUUCAUUGCAGCCUUUAUUUUUAUUCCUUUCCCACAUGGCUCCCCAUUCUGCAAACCCGGAAAAUCCUUUACAAGCACCACAGGAGAAAAUUGACAAAUUUUCUUAUAUUCCUGACAUAAGAAGAAGAACGUAUGCAGCUAUGGUCUCACUAUUAGAUGAAAGUGUUGGACGAAUCGUCAGAGCCUUGGACAUAGCCCAAAUUCUAAGUAAUACCAUACUUAUAUUCUAUUCUGAUAACGGAGCACCUACUAGAGGAUUACUUCUGAAUACCGGCUCUAACUGGCCUUUUAGAGGACAAAAAAAUUCACCUUGGGAGGGAGGAGUGCGUGUAGCCGGUGCUAUAUGGAGUCCUUUAUUACCCCAUUGCAAUGGGGUUUUUGAAGAACCCAUCUAUGUAGGCGACUGGUUGCCCACAUUGGCAGCAGCGUCCAACAUAAAUCUCGAACUAAAUUUAGACGGCAUAAAUAUGUGGCCCGAUUUGACCACUUGCCAAACAAAUACAAAUAUCUUCAAUAGACGCAAUCGAGAAAUUCUUCAUGUGAUGGAUGAUAUGUGGCAGCUGACUUCCUACAUGAUAGGUCAAUACAAAUACAUACAAGGAACAACAGUAAAUGGUACAUUUGAUGGUUUCCUUAGUCGAAGAGAUGAAAAUAUAAUAGAUCCUAGAACUGAGUUUUAUGGCCAGCUUAUACUAGAUACCAUUACGUCAAGAAGUUUGCAGAGAUAUGAGAGUACUCCUAUGACUUUUGAGAGAAUACAAAUAUUGCGAGCUCAAAAUAAAGUGGAAUGUGGUGCACCAGGCCCAAACUGCGAUCCUCUUAGAGGCGAUUGUCUCUUCAACAUUUGGCAAGAUCCUUGUGAGCGAAAUAAUUUGGCUAGCCAAACAGAAAUGCAGGAUAUUUUACAGUCAAUACGUUUGCGGCUGGCAGAACUAAGAAGCACAGCCAUCAGACCCAAGACGGGAGGUGUAAUGCUAGAUUUUGAUCCUGCCCUUCAUAAUUGCAUGUGGGCCAACUAUUUGGAAGAAACUCCUACAGAGUAUAUCUUAAAUUGUGACUAUUAUUCUCCGCCCUGUCAGGAAUUUAACAUUAUUGGAUAAUGCUGAUUACAAGUUCUCCAGAUAGUUAAUAUAUUGGGUUGCCCAAAAAGUAAUUACGGAUUUUUUAAAAGAAAGUAAAUGCAUUUUUAAUAAAACUUAGAAUGAACUUUAAUCAAAUAUACUUUUUUUAAACUUUUUUUCUAAAGCAAGCUAAAAGUUACAGCUGAUAACUGACAGAAGAAAGAAUGUCAACGCCGACUAUAUGAAAAAUCCCCAAUUACUUUUUGGGCAACCAAUAUUUGGUAUUAA